AAACUCACCAAAAAGCACCGAACCCCCUCUACACAACACAACAACACGUUUUUCUGCUGCUGUUCGUGUUUCUAGACAAAUUUAGUGUAGUUUUCCUCGAUAGUGUGACUAACCAGGACACAAGGAAACCCUCCGUUAAGUGGUGAGUGAGCAGGAAAAGUGGAAAAACCCGUGCUAACCGAACGGAGCGGCGAGCGCAUGGUGUUUUGGUGUGAGUCGCCGCCACUCGUGACUUGCGUGCAACAGCUUGCACACAACUUGCAUCCUCGUAGCACCGGAAGCGGGAGGGACCAACGCAGUUCAAACUGACCGGACCUAGCAUUUUUUUGCGUUCCAGUCAACCCGUCUUUCCAGCCCUUGGUCAUCAUUUAAUUGACGUUUGUGAGGAGGGACGUUCAUGCCCGCGCGCUCACUUGAAUGAAGGUGCGUUUGCGGGACACGACUAACAGACGAACGGACAGCUGGACAGGCAGCAACCAGCAUCGUGACCUUCGUCAAUUUGGUGGCGAUACGAAACAACGAAACAAUACGGAAGUUUGCCGUCAACUGGCGUAACUGUGGCUCUGAUCAUCUCGAGUGCCAGAACCGUGUACCGUGAUUCCCGUACCUUGGAUUGGUAGAGCUGUUCACAAUAGCAGCAAUACCAGCGGCCAUGGUAACAAGUGUUGAAGGAAACACACCAACGAAACCUUUGACGGGAAGGGAGAUGGAGCAGCGCUCUCUAGCAACACCAAUGGUCGCAACGGAUGCGGACACGGACAAGGACACCAUGAACAAUCGCAAACUAACCGGGUUUGAGUUUUACGAAAAAAUUCUCGGGUCACCCCGUUAUGUGGUAGCACCGAUGGUGGAUGCGAGUGAGCUCGCCUGGCGGUUGCUUAGCCGCCGCCACGGAGCCCAGCUCUGCUACUCGCCCAUGUUCCACAGCAGCUGUUUCUCGAAGGAUCCCAAGUAUCGGAAGGAUUCACUGCAAACCUGCCCGGAAGAUCGGCCGCUUAUUAUUCAGUUCUGCGGCAACGAUCCGAAAGUGAUGCUGCAGGCGGCGCUGCUGGCACAGGAUCACUGCGAUGCGAUCGAUAUCAACCUUGGCUGCCCACAGGCCAUUGCCAAACGGGGUCACUACGGUGCCUUCCUGCAGGACGAAUGGGAGCUGCUGCGUGAGAUAGUGAGCACGUUGCACUGUCAUCUAGCGAUUCCGGUGACCUGCAAAAUACGCAUCUUCGAGGACAUGUCGAAAACGAUCCGGUACGCGCGGAUGUUACAGGAUGCCGGUGCCCAGCUGUUGACCGUACACGGGCGAACCCGCGAGCAGAAGGGACCGCUGACCGGCCUGGCCGACUGGAAGUACGUGACGGUGCUCCGGAAACAACUGAGCGUACCGAUAUUUUCCAACGGCAACAUCAUGUCCGUGCACGACGUGGAACGGUGUAUCGAAGAAACUGGUGUUAACGGGGUAAUGACGGCGGAAGGCAACCUGUACAAUCCGGCCCUCUUCGAGGGCAUCAAUCCGGUCUCGUGGGAAAUGGCAAACGAAUACCUGGACUUGGUGGAGCAUUUCCCGGCACCGAUUUCCUACAUCCGCGGUCACAUGUUCAAGCUUUUUCAUCAUUUGAUGCAUUUGAAAUCGAAUACAGCGCUACGGGAAGAGUUGGCUGUAUGUCGAUCCGUUGCAGAGUUUCGUGCGGUGGUUGUCGAGCUAAAGAAAAGGUACCAACCGUAUCACGAUGGUCUCCUGAAAUGGACCGGUGAAGAGGAAGAGCAAACCAAACAGUCCGAAGACGAUGUUGGUGGUGAUGAAUCAACAAAGGAAGAAUCGUCCUCGCAACCGGCACCACCUGAUUACAACCUUCGACUACCUCCGUGGCUCUGUCAGCCGUAUAUUCGCAUACCGCCGGAAGCGCACCGACAGAAGCUGGCCGAAGCGCGCCGGUUGGCUGAGGAUCCGACGCGGGAGAAACGCCAGUUCUUCGAUGUUCACGGUAACGAAAUUUCGCGCAAACGGAUGAAAAAAAUGCGUCGCGUGCAGCGUCGCCCAAAGAACCGGAACCGGAACGCACACAAAAGAGAUAACCAUCCAGUCUCCAACGAGGGCGAGGAGGAGAACGCUGACGAGGAAGACGAUCAACCGGAGGACAUCGAAGCGGAAGAGGAUCAGAUAGGCAAUCAGGUCCGGUUGAAGAUAUCGAUCGCGGAAAUGAACCGCAGACGUCGGCGGAGUUUCGAUGAGCUGUGCAAGAACGUUGUCACUUGCACCAAUCCGAUGGGUCUCAAGUGUGAGCAUCGGCUGUGCAAGACGUGCUGCCGAUCAAAGUGUUACCGAGAGGAUCUCGAUUGUCCUGGACAUAAGAUUCGGAUCAAAUCGCGCCGCGAUAAAGCAAAGGCGCUGACGUUGGCCGAACAGCAGCAGCAACAGCAACAACAAUCGAGUGAGAAUGGUAACGGCGCACAGCCAAUCGAGCCACAUGAGCAGGAUGUUGCUGUUCCUGAGAUGACGGACAAGGCGGAGGCUCUCAGUUGAUCCUGUGAAUUACCCGAAUCAUGGUUUCGAUUUCAUCCAAGUAAUCGUCGCCACCAAAUGUACAUUUUCAACGCCAGUUAAUACCUCCACCAAGGAAUUUUCGUCAUCAUGGCAACGAGCUAACGAUCUAAAUAUCUGCAACCGCUAUAUUAAGAAAUCAUUGAGAUGAAACUUAUCUAAUGCAACGGUCCAAAAUACAUGGCUACAUCGAACCUGCCGUUAAAGAUCUUUUAUUUCAUCGAUCAUUAAAUCGCAGCAAACUAACACGUUUCAUUCAUACACAUUUCUCUGUUGUAUAGUAACUCUCACUUUAUGAUAAUGAUAAAAAACAGAAGUAAAAAAUCACGUAAACAC